AUGAGCGACAGUAGUGAUUCUGAGGAGUUCUACGAUGCUGAAGACUUUACACCUGCAAGAGGAUCAAAAAGAUCAUCUUUAUGCAAGAGUACUAGUGUAACAGACAAUUCCAAUAAUUCAGACAAAGAAAAACUAAGAACGGUUAAAGCUGAGGAAUUACCGACUUCAAACACCCCCAUUAGUAUAACAACAAAAGAAACACCAGUGGAUGAACGGUCAAGUGUAAAACAUGUUGUGCAAGGGCGCCGGAGGUUUCAAGAACUCAGGAGAUGUAUGCAGACUGAAGAAGAAGACGAGCCAGAGGUGCAACAAAGCUCAGAACAUGCAUAUGCAUUGGAACAUCCAUUUAAAAUUAUAUCCCACGAUACGAUGAGUUUGCAAAGUAUGACUUCGUUGGGAAGGAUCGGCAGAAUUCUGAGCGGGGCUGCAGAAUCUCAUCCGAAUAUACGAGAACAUAUACCAGCACCAGCGUCUUCCAGAGAUCCUUCAACAAUAUCUGAAGACCCUCUUAGUGAAAAUAGAACACAGAAUGUUCUAGCCAUGGCGGAGCCCGAUGUUAUAGCCAGUACGAAGGCGAAUAGUUUGAAGCAAAACCGUACUUCGUCCGCCGCUAUUGUAGCAGUAUCCCACACUUCAACUUUACCAACUCCUGUGGCGCCACCUAGAAAGAAAAAACGAAACAAACUCCACGGAUCCCAAUCUCUCUCUACAACAGAUGGAGACAACUUGAGCGUUUGUACCACAGACACAGAUGAGCUACGCUACGUGCGCAGGGACAAACCGCAUCUCGAUUCGUUGCGAGUUGAGCCUGCUCCACCCAAUCCGAUUAGUCAAAGUAUAGCAUUACCGAGUCCCGCCAGCACCAUAGAGUCACUCACCAGGGAGUUUCAAGAUUCACUUGAAUUGUCUCAUUCCAAAUAUGCAAGCGAUAUGUCUCUGACAGAAACGUGGUCAUCCCCCGCACCUCCCCCAACCCGACCCCUCUACCCUGCGCUUCAAACCGCCCACGUUGCGCCUCUAGCUCAUCAGUAUGCGGCAACCAAUGAUCUUACAGUUACACUUAAUGGUACACGGGCGGGAGAGGGAGAGGGAAGAGCUGCGCGGACGCACAGCGAAAGCAGGCCUCUCGCUUCGAGUCUUGGUUCUACUAAUAGCAGGCGUUCUGAAGGCUCCCGCGCACGACGCCGCUCUGCCGGGGACUCUCCUGCAGAAGACGAAAAUGAGGGUGGGUUGCGGGCGCGCUGUGUGUCUGGCCGACAGCUCUCUGAUAUUGAAAUUCUAGAACAAGUCACCGUUCUCAAUCUUGACACUGUGUGGCCUGUUCUAGGAGAACGCAUGCCACUCAGUGUCGCCGAACAUAAAUUGCCACAGUGUAUAAACCCGCUCAGUUUGCACAUCAUGCGAUUGACUUCGGAGUACAUCGGACGGACUAACGAUGAUGAGCACAACAGCCUCAAAAGAAAGCCAGCGAGCGUGUGGCGGAAACGCUGGUCCAUAAGUUACAGCGCUGGAGUCUUACGUCGUUCACCCUCCGCACCAAUCCACCCAGCUAUAUCUACCCUCUCCAUAGAUACUAGGGAAACAGAUGAAGAGAGUGAGAGUGUUUGUGCGGGUGGAGUUGAAGAUGAAACAAAAGAAGCUAAGAGGGAGUCUGCUGACCGACAGACAACGGCCAUCAAACGCAAGACUGAGAAACUAAAGCGCUUCUUCGGAACCACGGUAAAGAAGACAGUUGACGCUGCGAAGUCUCUCGCUCAAGAAGUGUCACAUGCGAGACACAAAGAAGACGUCGCCGAGAUAGCUGACGAUGUUCGGGGCGAACACAACAUAAAGCUGAAAGCAUCUAACUCACAUAAGGGGCCGUAUGACUUCGAUGGUUGCGUGAGAUAUGUCCAGGAGCUAGGCUCAGGUCACAGUGGGCAUAGUGGCGCGGUGUGGUGCUGCAAAUUUAGCGUUUGCGGACGACUGCUUGCCACAGCUGGACAGGACCGACUGCUAAGAAUAUGGGUCACUAGAGAUGCACAUCACAUGUUUCAGGAUAUGCGGACGAAAUACAACGCAGAGCAAAAGUCAUCCCCAACCCCAUCUCAGGAAUCUCUCGCGUCUCUGGCCCCACCUCCCUCUCCAGACCAACUACCCCCUCUGGGACCAGGUGCUCCAUUCUCGCCCCGCCCCUUCUGCAUCUAUUCUGGACACAACUCCGACCUACUAGACGUCUCCUGGUCUAAGAACUACUUUAUUCUAUCCAGUUCUAUGGACAAAACUGUCCGCCUGUGGCAUAUAUCGCGUGGGGAGUGCCUCUGCUGUUUCCAACAUAUAGACUUUGUGACUGCGAUCGUGUUUCAUCCGCGCGACGAUAGAUACUUCCUGUCUGGCAGUCUCGACGGAAAACUGAGGCUCUGGAACAUUCCAGAUAAAAAGGUAGCAGUAUGGAACGAAGUGGACGGCAAAACAAAACUAAUAACAGCAGCUAACUUCUGCCAGAACGGGAAAUUUGCUGUCGUCGGCACGUACGAUGGCCGCUGCAUAUUCUACACUACGGACCAGUUGAAAUACCACACCCAGAUAGAUGUUCGCUCCACUAGGGGCAAGAACUCAACGGGACGUAAGAUCAGCGGGAUAGAACCGAUGCCAAAUGAUGAUAAGAUUCUCGUGACCUCCAAUGAUAGCAGAGUCAGAUUGUACGAUCUGCGAGAUUUAAACCUGUCUUGCAAGUAUAAGGGGAAAGGUUACGUGAAUGUAUCGAGUCAAAUUAAGGCGUCAUUCUCGCACGACGGAAAAUACAUCGUCAGCGGUUCAGAAAACCAGUGCAUUUAUAUAUGGAAGACGUGUCACGAUUAUUCCAAGUUUACUUCAGUCCGACGAGACAGGAACGACUUCUGGGAAGGGAUAAAGGCCCACAAUGCUGUUGUGACGUGCGCCAUUUUCGCGCCAAAUCCUGACCACAUGAUACGAAUGAUCAAUGAGAGGGAAGAGAAAUUGAAUGAGAGUAGAGGGGAGAAGGAAGAAGUGAAGACUCCCGAAGGAGGUAUGGUUUCCUCAUCGCAGACUGGCCACGUGCUCGUCAGCGCUGAUUUCAACGGCUGCAUCAAGGUGUUCGUUCAUAAGGCUAAACCGAAACACUCUUCGCUACCAGCUUCAGCCCUUGCGUAA